CUAAAACCAAGUCGUGGUUUCAGCACUUCAGUAUUCAGAUGCUCCACUAUUAACUAUCAAUGGGAAACACAGAAAGUGCGGUUGUCCAGAAACGGCUGGCCCGAUUUCGCCCUGAUGAGAGACCAAUAAUUGAGGGGGUAUUCGACAGACUUCACAGGACAAGUGGCACCCCUGUGCCUGCUGGAAAAGGCAAAGUUUUGUGUUUAGACACAAUCAAGGUAACUAUGGGUAAAAUGGCCCCUGAAUCAAUGAUUAUGCGAGUAUUUGAGGGAAUGUGCAGCAUGGACUCUGGAGUGACGCAGCCACCAAGUGGAGGGGUCAGUCGAGAGCAGCUGGUGAUCUUUCUUGCAGAUACUCUUCGGGGCACAGCAGAGGAACGGGCACCUCUUGUCAUGUCAAUGGCACACGGGACAAAGGGAACAACCACUACUGAUCAGAUUAGAGAUUUUUUGGAGGACUUGGUUGCAGCUGUAGUUCAGACUCUUACACACAAAGGACGCUUACGAGGCUGGAGACCCGAUCUCAUGGGUGAUGGUGGUCAGGGGGUGAAGCUGUUGGCUGAACAGUUAAGCUCAGAGUUAAAACCUUCAGAUCAGAACAUGUGUGAUGUUGCUUGUGUUGAGGACUGGCUAUUCCGGAACUCAAGUGUAGCCACAUUCUUAGAGCUCUUGAUCGGUGAGGGUCUUGAGGUGGGAUUGACCUCACGCCCAACUUCCACUCUGCUACCCCAGUGCCGAGACACCCCAUGGGCUGAGCUACACUGUCUACUGGAUCUACCUCUUCUAAUGUUUUUAACCCCUGAGUUACCUGGAGGAGACACUGCCCCCUGGAGGCUGCUGUUCUCCACAAACGUACACGGGGAAAGCUUUACCCGUCUGGUUGGUAACUGCAAAUGCCGGGGCCCCUCUGUUUUACUGGUAAAAGACACCAAGGGACACAUAUUUGGAGGCUUUGCUUCUCACAGCUGGGAAGUCAAACCUCAGUUUCAGGGUGAUUCCAGGUGUUUUCUGUUCUCAGUGUUGCCUACUAUGAGAGUUUUUACCUGCACAGGUUAUAAUCAGCACUACAUGUACCUGAACCAGGCCCAGCAGACCAUGCCAAACGGUCUGGGAAUGGGUGGACAGCAUGGGUACUUUGGUUUGUGGUUGGACUGUGAUUUUGGUCAUGGUCACAGUCGUGCUCGCCCACGCUGCACCACAUACGGCAGUCCUCAGCUCUCGGGUGAAGAGGAGUUUACAGUGGACACAGUAGAGGUGUGGGGGGUUGGUCAACCCCCCGAGGAACAGGAACAGGAACAGGAGGAGAAUAAGAGAAGUAUUCUGGAUGCAGAUCUUGAGACACAGGCCAUCAUGGAGAUGACUGGAAAAACUAUGCACAGCCAAGGCCUGAGAGAGCCAGAAGAGGAUAAUUGAUGAGAAAUACACAGAGUCGUUCAAACAAUUGGUGCUGCUUUUAAAAGGACAGUGUGGGAAAAAGAGAGCUGGUGGUUAUUUAUUUGUUCUACAAAUGCUACAAAUGCUACAAAUGUGUGAUAUAGUCUGGACUUCCCACAGACGUAUUAACAAAACAUCCAAAUAUAAAUGUAAAAAAUAGAAUUUGAAA